AAGAGACACUGGGAAUGCAACUUGAACUGAUUAAGUUAGAGCUAAGAUGAGUUGUAGGUAAGUUUGUGACAGUGGUUACGGAUAUUCCACUGUAUUGUCUGCUGGGUGCGGCCCAUUCUUACCAGGCCUGGGGGUCAAAGGGCAACGCCAACGAAUGACCUCACUUCUGUUAUCACCCGUCUUGCAACCCCUCACCGCAACCCAACCGCUUGACGAACAACAAUGUCUUGCGCCGAACUUAGCUGUUAAUCAUUGUGAGAUAUAUUCGCUAAUUAGGAGUUUUGCCUUUCUUAAACGUCAGUUUUUACAGAAGCACGCGACCAUCGGCACAGCAGGUACAGCAGGCACGGCAGGCUCCUCCCUUAGGGCAGGGCAGGGCAGUGCAGGGCAGGGCAGGGCGGACGCAUCUCCACGGCAUACCUAUUACUUGUAAACAGGCAUGAGCCAUCUCCAAAAGAAGUGGGCAAAGGCACGAAUCUCCAGUGCCAUGGCCGGCGAGGCCAACAUGGUACUGGACGAGGCCGACGAGGACCGCGCCUUUCACUUUCACCACGCCCUCACACAGACCCAGACCCCUCAGGACGACGACUCGGCCUCGUCGUCGUCCAUGUCCUCAACCGGCACCGUCAUACCCUCGCCCAGCCGCGCCCUUUUUGCCCGUCCACAGGGGUUCGCGGGCGGGCGCUCUCUCGACCCCAUCCCCUGGACGACGUACUUUGAGCGAGAGCUAUUCCUCCCCAGCGUCGCCACGACAGCCACGCGCAUCAGCGAGGAUAGCACCACGGCCAUCACUACUACCGCCACCAUAACGCACCACGUCUACCUCACGUCCCCUGCCGCCGGCGGCAAGGGCCCGCUGUUUGUCAUGCACCACGGCGCCGGGUCCUCGGGCCUCUCCUUCGCCGUGCUGAGCGCCGAGAUCCGCAAGCGCUUGCCCAUCCCAGACCUCGGGCUCGACACGCUGGCCACGGACCUGCAGCGCGUCGUGGAGCUCACGCAGGCGGCCAUGAAAUGGGGCGAGCUGCCGCCCGUGAUCCUGGUGGGCCACUCGCUGGGCGGGGCCGUGGUGACGGAGCUGGCGCGGCGCAACGGCAGCGGCGGCGUCGGCACCAACCUGCUGGGCUACGCCGUGCUUGACGUCGUCGAGGGCUCCGCCAUGGACGCCCUACAGAGCAUGCAGACGUACCUGUCGACGCGGCCGCAGGGGUUCGCCUCGCUGCGCGACGGCAUUGACUGGCACGUCCGCUCCCGCACCGUCCGCAACUCCGUCUCGGCCCGUACUAGCGUGCCGGCUUUGCUCGUCGACAAGACGCCUGCUGCUGCUGCUGCUGCAGAGGAGGAGGCGGCUGGCCAGAGCGUGAGGAGUCGCGAUGCGGGUAGUGGUAGCGGCGACGGGGACGGAGAUGGAGACGGGGACGGCGAGGCCAUGAUGGUCGCGCUGGCGGCGGCGGCGGCCAAGCACAGGAAGAAGCCCUGGCGCUGGCGCACAAAUCUCGCCGCCACGCAGCCCUUCUGGGAGGACUGGUUCUUCGGCCUCAGCAAGAAGUUCCUCGAGGGCCGCGGCGGCAAGCUGCUGCUGCUGGCCGGGACCGACCGGCUGGACACGGAACUGACGAUUGGGCAGAUGCAGGGCAAGUACGCGCUGCAGGUCUUCCCCGAGGCCGGCCACUUCAUCCACGAGGACCUGCCCGAGAAGACGGCCAUGGCGCUCGUCGACUUUUACCGCCGCAACGACCGCAGCACGCUGGUGCUGCCCCCCAAGGUGUCGGACCUUUUGGCUCAGGGGAAGCGCGUGUAAGCCAGUCAGUCAGUACUUCGAUGUACGUGUGCCUUGGGAAAGGCUCUUUUCUUCCCUGUGCAUAUUAGGAACAAUACCUACCUUAACCGACUCGGCCUGCCUGCCUGUCUGCCUGUCUGCCUGUCUGCCUGUCAUGCAAGUUUUGGCGGGUCCGAAAAGGACAGCACGGCAGCGGCUACAAUGGAGAGAGAAGAUAAAAAUAAAUGAUAAAAGCGAUUACAUGCUUAGCUGUCUGUUCUUGUACAUAAGAUCAUACGUAUUCCGUGGCCGUACUUAUCCUUGUCGUUUUUUUUUUUUUUUUUUUUUU